UGGUAUAUGAAGUGCAAAGCCCACUUCAGCGUUUGAUUGUCUGUCUGCAAUCGUCACCUGAACAGUGCAUUGCCAAUUGCACACUAUCGUUUCAACAUGCCAGACUCAUACUUGCCGAAGGACUUCUUGUGGGGGUUUGCAACAGCAAGUUAUCAAAUUGAGGGUGCUCCCGCCGAAGACGGCCGUGGAGACUCGAUUUGGGACACUUUCUGCCGUAUCCCGGGUAAGAUCGCAGGUGGAGAAUCAGGCGAUGUAGCCUGUGACUCUUACCACCGCACUGGGGAAGACAUUGCUCUGCUGAAGCAGCUUGGUGCUAAAUCCUACCGUUUCUCGCUUUCAUGGUCGCGCAUCAUCCCGCUCGGUGGACGCAAUGACCCUGUCAACCAGAAGGGUAUUGACCACUACGUCAAGUUCGCUAAGGACUUGCGGGCUGCAGGCAUCGAGCCGAUGAUAACGCUGUUUCACUGGGAUCUUCCCGAAGGUCUCGACAAGCGGUAUGGUGGCUUGUUGAACAAAGAGGAGUUUGUCAAGGAUUUCGAGAACUACGCUAGGGUGUGUUUCAAGGCCUUCGGUUCGACAGUCAAACUAUGGAUCACCUUCAACGAGCCUUGGUGCAGUUCCAUUCUGGGCUACAGCACCGGCCUCUUUGCGCCUGGACGCACAAGUGAUAGGAGCAAGAGCAAAGAUGGCGACAGUAGCAGGGAGCCCUGGAUCGUGGGUCACAAUUUCCUUCUGGCCCACGGCGCUGCAGUCAAGGCGUAUCGCGAUGACUUCAAGAAGCAAGACGGAGGCCAAAUUGGUAUCACCCUUAAUGGGGAUUGGACCGAACCAUGGGACCCGGAAGAUCCUAAGGACCGUGAGGCUUGCGAUCGCAAGAUUGAGUUCUCCAUCUGCUGGUUUGGCGACCCAAUCUACUUCGGCAAAUACCCAGACUCUAUGCGCAAGCAGCUUGGAGACAGGCUGCCUGAGUUCACUCCAGAGGAGGCUGCGCUUGUCCAGGGCAGCAAUGACUUCUAUGGCAUGAACCACUACUGCGCGAACUACAUCAAGCACAAGGAUACCGAGCCAGAGCUAGAUGACUUUGCUGGCAACCUGGAGAUGCUCAUGCAGAACAAGAAGGGAGAGUGGAUCGGCCCAGAGACACAAUCUGUCUGGCUGAGACCCAUGCCUCUGGGAUUCAGGAAGCUGAUUAAGUGGCUCAGCGAUCGCUAUGGUGGACCUACCUUCUAUGUCACAGAGAAUGGCACUAGUCUGAAGGGUGAGAACGAGCUUCCACUCGAGGAGCUCCUGAAUGAUGAGUUCCGCGUUGAAUACUUCCGAGGAUAUGUUGGCGCCCUUGCGGAUGCUCAUGCCUUGGACGGCGUAGACGUCCGUGGCUACUCGGCAUGGAGUCUUAUGGACAAUUUCGAGUGGGCCGAAGGCUACACGACACGAUUCGGUGUAACCUAUGUGGACUACAAGGGCGGCCAGAAACGUCAUCCAAAGAAGAGCGCGCGCGAGAUCUCAAAGAUCUUCGAUCAGUACAUCAAAAAGGACUAAGUACUUUUGUUAAGCUGGGUCGUGCCACGGGUGUGGCGUCAGGAGAGAUGAGCUGCAGAGAUUGUCAUCCUGGGCUUCUAGCAAUCUUCUAGCGCUACUGUAAUGGAAAUCCUCUAGUCAUUCUGCUGGU